AGAGUGGCGGAGGUGGAGAUAGAGCAUACGGAGAGAGAGAGAGAGAGCGUGAGUGAGUGCGAGCGAGCGAGAGACAGAUCAUUUUCUAUGUAAAUUUUGUUGUUUCAUGUAUGCAAUAAAGCUGUCACACUGUGACCUUCCUGCCUCCAAAUAUUUUUCCUACAUAUUGUGUACCCCUGCGGUGUCCCUGUUUAUUAUGAACACCAGUUAUUCUGUUCAUCACCCCACUCAACCCUGUCCUAGUGUAAAUUAAUGUAUAUUGAUUUUCCUCCACCUCUCCGUCUCACCACUCUCUCUCCCUCUGGCUUGUCUCAGUUUUUUCUAAACAUAACAGAAUACUUUUUUCUUCUGCCCCCAAAAUUAGAAUAUUAUUAUCUGUAUCUUCAUUAUUUCCGUCUUCAAAUCCAUUUCAUUUUUUUGCUGUCCAUUUAAUUGAACGAGUUAAAAGCAUAAUUAAUAUUUCAAUCUCUUUCCUACAGUCUCCCUCCAUCCUCCUCCCUCCCUCUCUCUCUCUUUCUCUCAGACUCUACAUGUCUCUGUCGCUAAGGCAACCAAUGCCUUUUCCCACUUGCUCUCUAUAUCUCCCCCUUUCUCGCUGUCUCUCUCAUUCCCUCUCUCUUCAGCCAGAGGUAGGCAUGUUAACUGAUAUCUGUCUGAGUGAAUGUGGUGUGCGUGCUUGUGUGACAGUGAGUUGUCUGCUUGUGUGUGUGUGUGUGUUAGGGUGUGUGUGAGGGGGAGAGAGAGCGCGAUAGAGAGUGUGUGCCAGCGGUAGUAGAUAUGAAGUCAAUCUUUCUAGAGCUAAAAGUAGCACCAUGUGGGAUAUUGGCUCCAUGCAUGCGUAUGAUGAAUGUUUUGUGCACAGGUGUGUGUGUGUGUGUGUGUGCGUGCGUGUCUGAUGCGCGAACUGUAUAAGCAUGUGGCAUAAUUAAGCGCUCAUUUUGGACAGCCAGGAGUGCCACUGCCCAGGAGAGAGAGGGAUGUGUGUAUUCCUGUACUGCUGUCUAUGAGUGUCUGUUUACAUUUUCAAUAUCAGUCUGUCAGAAGAGCAGUGAACCCUGCCUCUCUCUCUCUUUCGCUCUUCCUCUCUUUUCUUUUUCUUCUUUCCUCUCAGAGAGAGAGAUGAUCGGAGGAGUGGGGGCUCAGUGAACAGAACGAAGCGAUGGAGAGAUGCUCCAUCUCUCCUGUCAAACGACUGACCGCCCUCCGCUGCCUUUUCUUCCUCCUGGUUGCCGCGGUGACGCGACCCUCAACCUGUAACCGUGACGACGAGGGCGAGGGGCAGGUGGAGGCCCUCUCGGCCCAGCUGUCCGUCGCAGGACAGGUCACACCCACCCCUAUUUGGUCUGUGGACUGGGGCCCCACACUGCCCCUGGAGGACGAGACGCAUCACAUCCUGUCCAGCCAGGAAGCGGACCUGCAUCACCAUGGGCAUGAAGUCCCCACGACAACCGUCGAGGCCUGGCCGCAUCAUCAGAGUGCACCGGGCAGCGCUUUGCCCCAGGAGCCCCUGGACCUGCUGGAGGCCCCGGACGCAGAGGGAGUGGAAGAUGGAAGAAGUGAGGCGGAGGAGAGAGAGCCUGAGGAAGUGGACCCUCAGUUCUACGUCACUGUGACCAUCUCCUCUCUGCUCAUCCUGACUGCUGUCAUCAUUACAGCCAAACUCUGGAUCCCCGUGGUGAACCUCUAAGGCGACCGUUUUCGAUUUGAUACUCAUUUCUACGGGAUGCGACGGAGAACAUCAACACCGCCAGAGGGUGUGCCCACCGCGGCCCACCGCCGUCUUCUAUUUAUCUUUGACUGUGAAAAUGAAAAUCAGGAAACCAGGUAUCCAGCCAUGGCAAACCCUAUUUUUCCCCCCAUCCCUUCCUCCCGAAGGAGGUCUAGAAAAGCCCAAUCACAUCCCUUCCUUCCUGCUGCCAUCCUCCUGUGCCUCUGUGCUUUGCUGUUAAAUCUCUUUUCUCCAGUUUUCUAUGGCUCUCUGUCUCUGUAGACUGACCAAACCAUCCGCUGUUUUAUAUUCCUCUGUCUGUACUGCCCCAGGCUGUAGCAGCAACACACGUACAGCUCCCUCCGCUUUACCUAAUUCACAAGCAAACAGUGUUAGAUAUCGAUAGAACGUUUUAUUCCCGCUGGUGCCAAAACCGCAUUGCUAUAUGGGGCUAUUUGUAAUAUUUCAUACAGCUAUAUUGUGUAGCUGAACCUUGUAAUAUGACUAAAUAGUGGACUUGGUUGUUGAAACUUGGUUGAAAGUGAAAUAUGUGUGUUAUCUGAAACUGAAAUAUAGGUGUUCGGCAGGUAGUUUAGUGGUUAAGAGCGUUGUGCCAGUAACUGAAAGGUCGCUGGUUCUAAUCCCCGAGCCGAC